GGCCGCGCACCAUCGUCUUCCUCCUCUUAUCCGCACGGGCAGCUUGGACAGGACACCAUGUUGGCAAUGUCCGUCCACCCCGCCGCCACGCCGGCGCUCGCCUCGCGCGCCCGCAUCUCCCGGCACAGGCUUUCCGCCACCUCCUCCUCCCCUUCACGGCUCGUCCACCUCAGCAGCAGGAGGCUGCCCCUUCGGUCGCUCCGUGGCCUUGCCGCCGCCGCCGCCUCGGGAGCCGUCGAAGCGGAGGAUUCCUUGGCCGGGGAGGGAGAAGAGGAGCAGAAAGUCGGAGGUGGGGAGGCGAACGUUGCGGAGGAAGCGGACGAGUACAAGGUUAAGGUGCCUGAAAGGCAGGAUCCGAUGCUCGUGCUGAAGUUCAUAUGGAUGGAGAAGAACAUCGGCAUAGCCCUCGACCAGUUAGUUCCAGGCUACGGCAGCAUUCCGUUAAGCCCGUACUACUUCUGGCCAAGGAAAGAUGCCUGGGAGGAGCUAAGAGCAAAGCUGGAAGAGAAAGAGUGGAUCUCGCAGAAGCAGAUGAUCAUCCUUCUGAAUCAGGCCACUGACAUCAUCAACCUUUGGCAACAGGGAGGCGGGAGUUUGUCAGCGUGAGCGCGUCUCUCUGUUCUUCCAGCCUUAAGAACCCUUGUUUUUUUCUUUUUUUUUUGCUUUGGUUACAUGGCUCUUUCUUGUUGAUGUUAUUAAAAGCCAGGUGGUACAUGACCCUGUAGAUGGAUUCAAACUGUUUUCAGAUAUGGUUUUGUUUAUGGAAAUGAAUUGUGAUUGAUCCCUGUAA